AUGUCAGCACAGAUAGACAACUCAAGUUCCGACUGGCCAUGCUCAUCGAACUCGUCGGACAACGAGAAAGGCAACGAUACCGACAUCUCACAACCCGACAGCGAGUCACUCACUCCAACACCACCGGCGGUCGAGUUCGAUAAUCCAAAAGGAUGGAUAGCUGUGGCAGCCGCAGCAUGUUCUCUUUUCGUUUACCUCGGGGUGAUCUACUCAUGGGGCAUUAUGCAGGUCAGACUUGUCGAAGUGACUGGAACAAACCUCACAACCUUGACAUUUGUUGGAUCACUUGCAACAUCAUUCAUGAUAUCACUCAGUAUCCUCUCUGGUAUCGCAGUUCGAAAGCUUGGCUACCAGAAGACUGCUCUAGCUGGUGGCGUCUUGAUGGGUCUAGGUGAAUUCCUUGCAAGUUGGACAACAAAGCAUGUCGGGGCUCUCUUUGUCUUCCACGGUGUAAUAUUUGGCAUCGGAGGGGGACUAUCCAUCUUUGCAUGCUCGACUGCUCCCCUAAGGUGGUUCAAGAGACACCGCGGCCUGGCUAUGGGUAUCGUGUUUGGAGGAGGCAGCCUUGGUGCAGCUGUCAUGAGCAUUGCGACGAAUCUUCUCGUGAAACAAGUCGAUGUCGCGUGGACAUUCCGCAUUUUAGGCUUCAUGCUCUGGGGAGUCUGUAUUCCAGCUUCAUACUUCAUUCAACAGCCUGAGGGAUCCAUGAGUGCCGGCUUGAAGCUUCAGUGGCAUCGCUUUCGGGAGCCUCGGUUCCUCCUUAUUAUCGCUGGGACAGCUUUGUCAUGCUUUCCCUUGUUUAUUCCACCAUACUUUAUUCCUAUCUUCACUCGAUCCAUGGGUUACUCUCAACAGAUUGCGAUUAUCAUACUGGCGGCUUGGAACUUGGCUUCCACCGUCGGCCGGGUUCUAGGGGGCUAUACUGCAGACCACUUGCUUGGCCCUUUGAACAGCUUGAUUGUCUGCCUUCUCUUUAUUGGUCUCAGCUCACUCGUCGUGUGGCCAUUAGCGUCUUCGGUUGGAAUCUUCUCUAUCUUCCUCGUAUUCAACGGCAUUGGCUGUGGAGCGUUCUUUAGUCUGGUUCCUCCCAUGCUCGGAGCCACAAUGGGGCCAGAGAAUACUCUUGGCAUCUUGCCUAUUGUUUGGACUACUUGGUUUUGUGGAUUCUUCUUCGGUACACCUAUUGCUUCGGGAAUCUACUCGCUUGCAGACAGUAGUAAUAACAGUCUUUCGGUAUUUAGGCCUGCAGCACUCGACAUCGCAAAGCUUACAGCUUUCCUAGCGGCUAAUUCCACAGGCACUGGUGUUCUGAUUUGCCCUGGUGGUGGUUAUAGCCAUGUAUCUAUUGCCAAGGAAGGUUACAAUCCAGCGGCAUACCUCAACAAGCUUAACAUUGAUGCAUGGGUUCUCGACUAUACUACAACAUCUAAUGCCACUGCGCCUAUUUAUCCGAAGCCUCAGAAUGAAGUCUUCGCUGCUAUUAAGCAAAUUCGUCAUCAUAACCCUGGAAUACGUAAGCUGGGCAUUUGGGGCUUCUCAGCAGGCGGUCACCUUGCAUCCACAACCCUCACCAACCCCAAGGCCGGCCUGGACUUUGGCAUUCUCGCGUAUCCUGUGAUUACUUUGGGAGGCAACUAUACGCAUGUCGGUUCUCGCAACAAUCUCAUCGGGCCUAACGCGACGGCCGAAGAGCUGCACGAUCUAUCAGCACAAAACCUGGUCUCUGACACAACGCCCCCAACAUUUUUGUUCCAUACCUUCAACGAUCAAGCCGUUCCAGUGCAAAACACUCUCAUGUUUGCCGAAGCCAUGGCAGCCCAUAAGAGAAAAGCUCAGGUUUUGAUUUUAUCAGAUGGUCCACAUGGUCUCGGAUUGGCGCUUGAUGACCCUGUACGCAGCUGGACAUCUGAACUCACACGGUUUCUCACAUAUUCAAUUUAG